UCAGUUCCAGGAACCAUUAUUCAUGUUCCGGGCGCCGCUCAGUUCGCGGCAGUAAUUUUUGUUCAUUCAGACCUGAGCAACGCGACUGUUUACGAGUCCGAGACUGCGUUCUCUGAUUGUGACUACUCCGCAAGAGAAGCGAGGACUCUCACUUUGCAUACGACCAGAUUCGCGGUGUUUUAUUGGUCGAUAGUUAAAAUGGCUGCGCGAACGCACAACAUAAACUACAGCACGUGAGAGGACUCACCAAAGAGGAUCCAUCAAGCUUGCACACAUAACGUUCAAUUUUUUUUCUCUCACGAAAGUUGUUUAUAACGUAAUUCAGUUUAACAACUUUAUACAUCACAGCUACUUUGCAUAGGAUACUUCAGGAGUACUUCACAUUUCGCCCAUAUUCAUAUUGAUAUUGUGUUCCUUGGAUUUACGAAUGCUAUCGACAGUUUAACUACGAAUUGAUAUUCUUUGUCGCCACUCUUCUUCGUGUUUUGUUUACGCCGGAACCUAACUGGAAUAGAUAGACCUCAUGGUCAAUAGAAUUUGGUCUGGAAAUGUAGACCGUCGUCACUUGGAGUGUUAAAACAACAUCAACGUACAUGGGAAUAAUAUUACUUGUUUUAGUAAGGUUAUCUACCGAUAUAUAGAAUUCUACAUAUCUCCAAUGUAAUUGUCUGCUGCUACAAUCUCGUACCCUUAAGUGUUGGGAGCACAUUUUUAUCUUUUCUUGCGAGGACGCUGUUAAUACGAUGUUGGUGUUCCGGAACUUAGUGUUUUUAAUACCCCUCCUCUGGGGGACUGUGACGAGUACGAAACUUCGCGACGACCAGGCAGUCAUUCUACAACAUGCUGUCAAGAAAAUGUUAGGAUUUAAGGAGUUUCCGAGUAUACGGCAUCACAAACAAGAGGAGAUUGAAGAAGCGCCGAAAUAUAUGUUGGAUUUAUAUGACAGAUACAAGUUUAGCACGAUCCCGAAAGAUGGGAAGAGGGGAAACACUGUGCGGAUGAUAUUCAGCCACACAGGUGAAUUGAAUGGCCAUAAGAUCCUCAUCUUCAACCUGAGCUCGGUAAUGUCGUCUGAGAAAGUCUUCAGCGCCGAGAUUCACUUGUACAAGAAAAAGAUGAAGACAAGACGGAACGAAACCGGGAUUGAACUGGUCAUGUAUCAGUUGGCGCCACUUUAUGUUUCAAAGAUCGGAAAAGCCGAAGUGCGUUCGGAUACAUUCGGGUGGCAGGUGUUGGACGUCACUGAAUCCAUGCAGCGGAGCAUCGGAAAACUUCGGCGGAAGUCGCAUUUACUCGGAAUUAUGUUCAAAACGCGCAGUGACGUUGAUGUUCCGUUGAAGAAAUUCAGCAAGCAACAUUCAUUGCCGUACUUGGUGAUAUUUUCUAAUGAUACGCAAAACAUUACGCUAGAUCAUAUCCAGCCUCGGUUUACGCCGCGAGAUUGGAAAAGCCUUGACGAGCACCUUCACCGGACUGGCCAACAGGCUGAUGAGGCACCGGAGGAGUCGAAAGAGGUUGUUUCGAAAGAAGUCGACCUCCAAGAAGCUUUCAAAACCUUCGGUGAGAAUGUGAAGAAGGAAACCAAGCCAAAGCAACCGACGGACGCCAUGUUUGAGGCAGACCGGAAGAAAGCACUGGAAGGUCAUGCGCGCGAGAGGCGAUCGAUUGACAACAACGAAAUUCCAGAAUUGGGAUUAUCGAGGAUUAAGAAAGGGACAGUGAAGUUAAUUGUUGAUUUAAAACCACCCAUUAAGGACCAGACAAAUUACUAUAUCCCCAAAACAAACCCAGGUAUUUUGCAAGGCAGAGACAAAGUGAAACAAAAGUUUGACCCAUUCGAGAGGUACUCGAGUAAAAACAAAGACUCUCGUAAGUACAUACCUUAUCCUAAAAAAUACCGAAAGAACCGGAGGCGGAAAAAUCGCCGGCGGAACCGGAACCGACAUCGAAAUCGUGGCCGAGGGAGUCGUCUGCCCUUCCUUGAUGAUUGGGACGAUCGCAGGGUGAACGAAGCGACAGGCAGAAAGCAACAAGAACUUUGUCAGAAGCGAAAGCUUGUCGUAGACUUCGCAGAUAUUGGGUGGAGUGAGUGGAUUAUAUCACCCAAGUCGUUCGAAGCGCAGUACUGUGCGGGGAAAUGCCCGUUUCCUUUGACGAGGAGUAUGCGGCCUUCGAACCACGCCACGAUCCAAAGUAUCGUCCACGCAAUUGGUAUGAACUCUGACGUGCCGGCGCCUUGCUGUGUCCCAGACAGCAUGUCAUCAGUCACACUGUUAUACUUCGAUGAAAAUCGGAAUGUCGUUCUCAAAAAUUACCCGGGGAUGAGCGUCACUUCAUGCGGUUGCAGAUAGGCUUCGAUGGGAUUUAGGAAUUGCGGACGUAGCACAACCCUGCAUCCGGUAUUGAUGUAGGUAAAUACUCAGGGACGGAGAUUUCCGCGGGACGAUGCGAGUUUGUCAUGAAUCCACGCCCUUCAAGCGGAAUUCUUUCGUCCUAUUAACUGGAGGCAAUUUUUCUACGGGUAUUUUACAAGUUGUUAUUAAAGACAGUUAUGAAUACUCUUCGUAUUGAUGUUCUCGCUGCGGGGAGUAACAUACGGUUGGACAGUGACUAUACGCACAAUGAAGGCAAGAAAACCGGAGAAGAAACUUUCGAUGGAUUUUCACUUUGCUUUCAAUGGUGACAAAAGGAACUCAUGUUGUGUAUAUAUCUGAAGCCACCAUUGUGUCCAUGGGGAAGGAAAUCGGAACUAUACCUUCUCGACUUCCGGGGACAUUUGUCUCUCAUUCAUUGUCAGUGUCAUCACGACGACAAUUGAGAGAUAAUCUAUCGAUACGAUCACAAUAGCACAUAUGGCCCUAAUGGAGCCAAACCAGACUCGAGGGAUCGGGUAAAAGGACCACAGGCAAGAAGGGAUAGCAACAUCACAAUACCAAUAUUGUUAAUUGAUAUCGCCGGCAAGUUUUCAUAUGGUAGUUGUGAGAAUGACGCCCUGGGCAUAAGUUAUUCGACUGUUUCAUUUGUUUCUCUGUUGUGGUUUCUAGCAAUGAAUUAAAAGGCGGGGGACUAAUCCUGAGGAAGAUUUCGCUCGCGGGUUACAACCAACAAAACCAACAAAAGUGAAUGCAAAACAAGGAUAGUCGGGUUUGAAUCGAACAUCGUUCACACAAAUUGAAAGGGGGAGGUUUGUGAAUGGUUGGUGUACAGUCAGGGUUGUUGGGAUGACCAGCCAAAUGACCUGUUUUCGAAAUACAUUACGUUGAUUUAGGCCCAUCGACCCCCACUAAAGUUGUUUGGUGGCGGUCGAUGUUAUCAGGAUUGUCCUGAUAGCCUUUGAUAAGAUUCACAAUGGGAUUUGGGCCUUGGUGUUUGAAGACAAUGGACCGUGUAUUGGGCUAGGCAUGAAUUCUUUUAACUGCGAGGUAAGGAAGAAACUAGCGUAAUGUAUUGUGGUUACUGACUGCCUGUAGGCCCAAUGGUGGGUGUACAUCAAUUUCAUUGUUGACUUGGUAUUAACCGAAUAUACUUUUAUGUGAAAAGAAACUGAAACUAACUGGAAAUUAUUGUGAUGGUUGUGAUAUGUCCAUGUAUUUAAAAGGAUGCUGUUAAUCUGACAAACUGCCAGUGAUUAUUUAAGAGAGGCCAGUUAUUAAGACUGAUUCAUAAAUAUGACUAUUUUAAUUAGAAGUUGUAUAAGACAGUGCAUGUAGCUGUGUAUGUACAGUGAGUGGAUUCCAGUCGUGAGUCAAGCGUACGAUUAUGUGACGUUUUGUUUACUUGUCAAAGUACAUGUACCUUUGUACCUUUCUGUCUUGCGAACGACUUCCGUCAAGAUCUGAUGUACCGGGUGUAGACCUGACUACAUGGGUACGUCGAACCCUGCUUCCACCAAAAGCCGUAAAAAUGUAUACAUGUAUAGGCCCUAUACAUGUACAUGUACGUGUAUUGGUGAAACACGGACUAACAUUCAACCAUAUCUCUUUACGAUCAGACAAUUCCCUUGUAAUACAUGCAGACGCAUCAAACUGUCCUUCGAAUAAGUGUCUCAUGCUUUGCCUUUGGGUCACAGUUCGGCAUCCUUGGGGUUAUUCUGUUAUGCUGAUUUAAUCAAGAUAUUCUAUCGUUGAUUGAAUAAUGUCACAAUCGCUACUGCCACACAAACAACAUUUUCGGUAGCUAUGUCAACAAUUACUGUCCUUUCAAGAUGAUAAUUCAACCAAUCAGAAUAAGGAACGCGUGUUGUCUGCGGGAUAGUUCUAUAACCAGGCGACCGCAUAUUUCGUCUUUUGCAUUUUCAUGGUCAUCUACCUCACAAGAAACGUUAUAUUUAUCAACCCUGCAAUGUCGAAGACUGGAUACUUCUAUAAACAACAAUAAUGAAUCUCACAAUUUUAUUAGAAAAAUGCGAGGCUUAAUACUGGGCAACUGGCACUUUUGGUGCGGCAGCUAGUCUUGCACUUGGUGAAGACUUGAUGGAUGCUGCCAGUGACAAAAAAGAUGGCGAAGGUCCCUCGCACUUUUGAUCCUUUAAACCACCAUGUAACACUUUGGGUGUAUACUGGGCACUUCGACAAUACAUGUACUAUUUUUGGCGUCUGGCAGUCGCCGCUGCCCAUGAGUCUGGGUCCGGUAUAGUCCGACACGUGAGGUUUACUGUCGUGCAUUCUACGACUAUGCGGAGGGAAGGAGUGAAUACAUAUAUAGGACAAAAUAAGAGUAAAUGCUCAUUCUCAUUCUCAUAUCGAUUUUAUGACUACUUUCAGAAGCCCGUGGACACUAGCAAUAUUUAUUUGAGUAUAAUAGUCUUGCAGCAUUAUUAAAGUGACGAUUAAAGAUGAUAUAACAAUAUUUUGAAUUAUUUAUUACUUCUCUUAAUCAUGCUGGUUUAUCAUUUUGGUAUCGCCGGCUCAUGUAAAUAGUAAGCUUGAUUUAAAGUUGGUUUGAGAAUCGAACAAAAAGUACAAUUAUUUAAUCCAGGACUGCUUCGUUCAUGUGGUUAAAACAAAGGCAUUUAUUUCAAUUUUGUCGGAAGAAUUUCUGACUUCAGACUUCCAGGCUGCACAACAGCUAUAACAGAUGAUAAACAAUCUUUGACACAGCGGGAGUCUUUACAUUGUACAGAUAAAAUUGAAGCUGUGCAAAGAACCGAUAAUGAAAAAAGGAAACGAUCAUAUAUGUUCAUGGUAGUCAUCCAAAAGCGUCAAAAUUGUUGAAGUCACGAAUACGACCGGAAGUUCUAUUAACAUGAUUGGCGCCAUCCUCAAGCACAAGAAACUCGAUACUCGCCCUCGCCGGAGUCGACAGUCUUGGUCGAUACUUCGAGCGUUGUUUUCAGUUGUUCAAUUAGUAACAAAUGGCCAUACAACACCAAUGUGUUGUUCUAAACUGUACUUUCUACUCAUCAUCAACUACCUCGAAAUUAGAACAGAUUAGCAGAGACUGCAAUUAUCAGGUAUGUAGGCCUACACACCAACCUCAGGAACUAUAAGGUGUUUAAGGACAGUGACUUCUACUUUUCACGUAGUGUGGUUGUGCAUGUGAGCUCUAUGAAAUGUUGUCUUUUCCUAUGGCCCUUCCUUUCAGCCUAAUCCCCGCCGCACAAUCAAACUUUCAUCUACCGUACCGUGUACAAGCAAAGACCGACUGCAUGUGUGUAUAUGACUGAAAGCUAACGGACAUUAAGAUGCUAAUGAUAUUCGGAAAAUCUGAUGACAAAUUUAAUCUUAUGCGGCGGGCAUUAUUCUAAAGUUUGACGAGCAUGGAAAUACCCGUGGAAUGUCAAUGACAGUUUCUGAUGCCCCAACCCACUUCCCGAUGUCAUGAAUGUUUCGGAAAUUCGUCGUUGACGUGACGUUUUUGUGCCACCAGAAAAUGGGGUUUACAAUUUGUACAUUACACUGUUGACAUUGUUGACCACUCUCAAUGAGAAGUUUUAUUUUAUUGUACUAUUCAAAAUCGUGAAAGAGGAGUAUAUUGUUUGUACAUGUCCAUUGUAUUGUCAGUAAUAAAAUGUCUGUAUAUACAUGUCAA